AUGUCCAACAUCUACAUCACUGAGCCAAACACGGAAGGCAAAGUGCUGCUGCACACGAGCUUCGGAGACGUGGACGUCGAGCUGUGGCCGCAACAAGCACCCAAGGCAUGUCGCAACUUUGUGCAGCUCAGUCUCGAAGGGUACUAUGACCAGACGAUUUUCCACCGCAUUGUGCCAGGGUUUAUGGUACAAGGAGGGGACCCCACAGGCACUGGCAAUGGAGGCGAGAGUAUCUACGGAGGUGCAUUCACCGACGAGUUUCACUCGAGACUGCGGUUCACUCAUCGCGGACUGCUGGCAAUGGCCAAUGAGAACAAACCCAACUCGAACCACUCGCAGUUUUUCUUCACGUUGGACGCCUGCGACUUUCUGGACAAGAAGCACACGAUCUUUGGCAAGGUGACCGGCAACACCAUUUUCAAUCUGCUGAGUGUCGGAGACGUGGAAACCAAUGAGCAGGACCGUCCGCUUCGUCCGCCGAAAUUGUUGAGCAUUGAAGUGCUCUGGAAUCCGUUCGAGGACAUUGUUCCACGAGCUGUCAAGCGGAACGAGGCGUCGAAUGACGUUCAGGCAACGAAAAAGCCAAAGCGAAAAGCGACGAAGGAUUUGAAGUUGCUUUCGUUUGGUGACGAUGAAGAGGCGUUUCAAGAAGAAGUCAGUAGAGCUGCCUCGACGUUUCACAAGAAAGCAAAGACGAUGGCAAGUAGUCACGACUUACUCGAUGAUCACAAACUCAAGGCAAUAGUAGAUGCCGAGGUCUUGCAGCGUGUCGCAGAGAUCGACAACGAAGUGGCCAGCGAGGACAAGAAAGCACGCGCGCGAGAGAAAUUGAAAGUUGCAGUAGCAGCAGCUUCCAGCAAGAAUGCGUCGAGCAAAGAGAGGGGAGAUGCUGACAAAAGCCUCGAUACGACGAGUGUCAACAAGCUUUCUGCAAGCUCGAGUCGCCACAAGACGGACCGAGAAGAGUAUGCUAAAUUGCGAGAGGAGCUGCGACAGUCGAAGAAGGCUGUUCCGUUGCUAAUGGGCGAGGAAGCAAAGAAGCUGGAAAAAGACAGAGCUUUCCAAGAUAUGCUCACUCCAUUGCAACAGCAGCGACAAAAGUACUUGCAGCGAAAAAAAGCAACGACGAAUCCUGCAGACGGUGAUGCAGAUGCCAAAAGCGAUGGAACCAAGAAGGACGUCACAGAGAGUUACCAUGGGCAAAUUCUCGAAGAUGACGACGAACACGAUGAUACGACGGACGACAAGUCGUGGAUGACUGCCAAGCUCAAGUUCAAGAAGCAUAUCGAUGACCAAUUUCGCUCCGUCAACGAGCCUUCGGCAGACGACUAUAUGACGAUCGACUCUCGCAAUGAACGUGGCCAGAGCUCUGUUGGAGAGUCAAAGAGGAACCGGUCUCAGGAUCGAUCGCGAGGCAGCAACCGACAUGGUCGCUCUCGAGACUAUGACCGUCAAGGCCACCGUGACAGAGACCGCCGUCACGGUCGGCGUUGA